AUGAUCGGGGCCUUCUCGUUCCCGGUGAGCCCCGAGCGGGGCCGGCUGCGGGGCUGGCUGGAGGGCAGCCUGGCUGGCCUCUGCGAGUUGCACUGGCUCCGGGAGAGGCAGGAGUACCGCGUGCAGCAGGCGCUGCGGCUGGCCCAGCCCGGAAUGGGGGGCGCAGAGGCCGAGGACGAGGAGGACGCCGAGGAGGACGAAGAUGCGGCGGCGGCGCGCCGGGCCGCGGCGGCCCUGGAAGAGCAGCUGGAAGCCCUGCCUGGGCUCAUCUGGGACCUGGGCCAGCAGCUGGGAGACCUGAGCCUGGAGUCUGGGGGCCUGGAGCAGGAGAGUGGCCGCAGUUCAGGCUUCUAUGAAGACCCCAGUUCCACAGGAGCUGCAGACUCACCACCCUCGACCUUCUGUGGGGACAGCGGCUUCUCUGGAUCAGGCUCCUAUGGACGUCUAGGUCCCUCUGAACCCCGGGGCAUCUAUGCCAGCGAGCGGCCUAAGUCCCUAGGAGACGCCAGUCCCAGCGCUCGGGAGGCAGUGGGCCCUCGGGCCGCCGUGCCGCGGUCCUUCUCGGCGCCCUAUCCGACGGCCGCGGGCUCUUCGGGCACAGAGGCUUGCUCGUCCGCGGAGCGGCGGCCGCGCGCGGGGCCUUUCCUAACUCCCAGCCCCCUACACGCUGUAGCGCUGCGCAGCCCACGCCCGUGCGCCCGCCUUCCAGUCAACUCGCCAGACGCGGGGGGCGCGGGGCGGCCCCUGGACGGCUACAUCUCGGCGCUCCUGCGCAGGCGCCGCCGCCGGGGGGCGGGCCAGCCCCGGACCAGCCCCGGGGGCGCGGACGGCGGCCCGCGGCGCCAAAACAGCGUGCGCCAGCUGCCGCCGGACGCGUCCUCGUCCCCCGGCGGCGCGCGGCCCGCGCCUGAGCCAGGAGUGGAGCGCGCAGGGGGCCGUCCCGCCAGCCCCGCCGUCCUGAGCCGCGCCUGGGCCUCGCAGUGGGAGUCGGAGGCGGUGCCUGAGCCCCCCGCGCUUCCCGUAGCACCCACGCCCCCUGACAGCCCGGCCGAGGGCCGCCUGGUGAAGGCGCAGUACAUCCCGGGCGCGCAGGCCGUCACCCGUGGUCUCCCUGGCCGCGCGCCGCGCCGCAAACCGCCGCCACUGACCCGUGGCCGCAGCGUAGAGCAGUCCCCGCCCCGGGAACGUCCCCGGGCCGCAGGGCGCCGCGGACGCAUGACCGAGGCCUCAGGUCGCCGGGGCUCGCCCAGGGCGCGCAAGACCGCGCGCUCCCAGUCCGAGACCAGCCUGCUGGGUCGCGCUGCCGCGAUCCCUCCCGGCCCUCCCAAGUACCCUACGGCUGAACGUGAAGAGCCGCGACCGCCCCGGCCCCGCCGCGGCCCAGCGCCCACGCUCGCAGCCCAGGCAGCAGGGGCCUGCCGCCGCUGGCGCUCCACCGCUGAGAUAGACGCUGCCGAUGGGCGUCGAGGGCGUCCCCGAGCUCCCGCGGUCCGUGGCCCAGGUCCUGGCCCAUCCCCGUCAGCUCCUCAGCGCCGUCUGCUCUACGGCUGUGCAGGCAGCGACUCGGAGUGCUCAGCUGGACGCCUGGGGCCCCUCGGACGCCGGGGACCCACGGGCGGCGGCGGUGGCUAUGGGGAGAGCGAAUCCAGCGCCAGCGAGGGGGAGUCACCUGCUUUCAGCUCCGCAUCCAGCGACUCAGAAGGCAGCGGUGGCCUUGUGUGGCCGCAGCAGCUGGUGGCGGCCACUGCGGCCUCUGGGCCAGGGGGUGGUGCAGGUGGAGGAGCUCCUGCAGGCCCUGCCAAGGUCUUUGUGAAGAUCAAGGCUUCCCACGCCCUCAAGAAAAAGAUUCUGCGUUUCCGUUCGGGUUCUCUCAAGGUCAUGACUACAGUGUGAGUUUAGAGGUUCGAUUGGGCUCCCUCUCCAUGGCCUCUGCACCUCCACACUCCCACUCACUAACCCUUCCACACCUCCCUUCCAAAGACCACAGUUUUUUCUGCUUCCAAAGACCACCUUCCCUCCCUUCACAGCCAUAGUGGUUAAAAGGUUCUCCCACCACCACCGGGAGGAUUGGAGGAGGAGCCUUGUUUGACCUAGUUCAACUUCUGGCCUGGAGCUCUUGGGCAAGAAAGUUCCCCGUCUCUGGGCCUCAGUUUCCUCAUCUGUACAAUGGCUGCCCGUGUAUGCAGAAGGAAUAAUUCAUUUUGAAUUUCCCUGUUUUAGUUUAGACUCUUAAUCUGUUUCUUCCCCUUCCUUCAUUUCUCUUGUUGAAUCCCCCCCAUUCCUCCUUUCUGAGCUUCCUUUCUAUGGCCCUCUCUCAUUCACAAAGUGACCCCUCCGUGUCCCUUGGCAUCCUGGUCAGAGACUCUGUCUGUCCCAGGUGGUGCCUGCAGAGUGCCCUGGGAAGGGAAGGAGCGCUGACUUGGGGGUAUUUAGUGUCAAGUAGGAGUUGACAACACCUGGAAAGACUCUUUCACCUCUAUCCCUGGACAAUUAUGGGAGAUUGGGAGGUGGAAAAGAGGAAGAAGGAUGGCAUCUAUCUUGUUCCCCCCACCCCUUGAGACAGGGAGUUGAGGGGGGGAGCUCAGGAUGACCCUCAGCUGUUCCAAUCCAGUAUUUUUUUUCUUCCUUUUUAAAAAUACUGUAUUUAUUAUGACGAUGGUGACCCCCCGGUGCACAGGGGGGCCAGAUUAUGUGUGCUUCUCUAGCCCCUUUGUAAAUAAAUGCACAGUGUAACAUC